UCAAUGUUUAAAAAUAUCACAGUAUUCCGAACGCAUCCCGCCCCUAUAUUUGCUACAUAUUUUGCUCGUUUUCUUUCUGUUUUUUUACUCUAAAAAAAACAUUAAACACUUCGAAUGGUCCUAUAAAUAUCUCGCGUAAUUGAGCGUUCAUCCCAGUAUCAGUAUAUUACCCUACUUUGCCUAGUAACCGGUGAAAUGCGAUAUUUUUUAUUAACGAUAAUAUUUAGUUCUGUGCUUGCAUUUGAAAAAGAUGUUACAUUCACAGUUCAGCCUGGCCAUACGGACUGUUUCUUCCAGAAAGUGAAGCCCAACGAAGUUAUCGACAUUGAAUACCAGGUGAUAGAUGCAACACAUGGCGAGCUGGACAUUUCGUUCCAACUGGCAGAUGCAGUCGGCCGGGUGCUGGUGGCGGACUAUAAAAAACCUGAGAAUAGUCACCGACACACCGCCAGCAUGGAGGGAGAUUACAGAUUCUGCUUCGACAACAGCUUCAGCACGUUCAGCACCAAAACUGUGUUCUUCGAUCUGAUGACGACGAGCGACGACGCGCCCGAACACGACUAUGACGAAGACAAAGAGAUGGAACUCGGCAACUCGCUGGAGUCGUACAUAAUGAAGGUGCGCGACAUCUCCGAGUCCAUAACCCGCGUGAAGGACAGCGUGGGCGCGGCGCGGCGCCUGCAGGAGGCGCACUCCGCCAGGGAGGCCCGGGACAGGAACCUGGCUGAAGAAAUGAAUGCCAGAGUAAUGACGUGGUCCAUGUGGCAGAUCGUGCUCAUGAUCGGAGUUGGGAUUACACAAGUAAUCUUCGUGCGGAAUUUAUUCGAAGACAAGCACAGUCGCUUCAGGAAGUUAAUUCCCAGCUUCAGCUCGCAAUGACACUAGUCACAACCCGCCCCAGUGCACUGACGCGAGUGUCUCAACCCGCCCCAGUGCACUGCCACGAGUGUCACAACCCGCCCCAGUGCAGACACGAGUGUCACAACCCGCCCCAGUGCAUUGUUACGGGUGUCACAACCCGCCCCAGUGCAGUCACGAGUGUCACAUACCGCCCCAGUGCAUUGUUACGGGUGUCACAACCCGCCCCAGUGCAGUCACGAGUGUCACAUACCGCCCCAGUGCAUUGUUACGGGUGUCACAACCCGCCCCAGUGCAGUCACGAGUGUCACAUACCGCCCCAGUGCACUGUAAUGAUGAUUUAAAUUUAAUAGCCAUAAAACUUGACAACCAGCGGUGGCAUCAUGAUUCCAUUUUUAUCGCUUGUCACUAUGCCCGUCACUUUCGUACUUACUUGUUAGAACGUGACAGGCAUGGUGACAAAUGUCACAAAUUUAAAUGAUAAACAGCCGACCAUCUUAGCCCCACUGAACCACAUCAUUUACGAAACUAAAAUAGAUGAGAGUCGAAAAAAAUCGUAGUGCGUAUUUUUUUCUUAAAUUUUACGUGUGAAAUUUAUCACUAUUUAAUAAUUAUUUUGUUUUGUUGUGAUAAUAAAGUAAGGACGCUAAGCACGAUGAAUUUCGUACAUUGAGGCGGGCCUGUUGCUGUCUCUAUCGCACGCGCGUAAUUAUAUUGCUGUCCCUCCCAUGCCGGCGGUCAGUGCCACUAUGCGAGCAGGAAGGCCAAUGUACGAAAUUCAUCGUGCUAAGCGACCUGUCUUUAGAGGAAAAGGUCAAAAUUAACCCAGUGGUGGGCAAACUUU